CAGAAAGUAGAACAAGAACCACUUGUGGGAUAAAUAUUGGCUAUUAUUGCCUUUUAUCUUCAUGCAGGCCUGAUAACAGAGCGCUGACACUCACAGGGUUGAAAAUAAAACCAGGAAGCAGGAUUCCCCCCUGGAGCUGGGAGGUCUGUAUAUAAGGAAGUGAUUCCCUCAGCAGCAGCAGAGUGUUUGUCGCUGCCUGAGAACGGUCGCCUGGACGCAGAAAAGAUGAAAAUCCUUGUAGCGUUAGCAUGCUUACUGGCAGGCUGCCUGGCCCAGAAGCCUCAUCCAUGUGAGAGCCCUCCUCUGAUGACCGGGGCGCUCACUGUGUCCACGCAGAAUGAAAAGUUGUGGGUCUAUGCCAAAUACCUGUAUGACGCUCUGGGACGACGGCUCAGGAUGUUUGAGUUUGGCACCCUGAAUAAUAAGACGUUCACUGCUGAUUAUCUUCUGCUCUACAGAGAGCAAGUUUUCUAUGAGAUCAACCACGAGAACCGUACCUGCAAGAAAAGCCCUCUGAAGAUCGACUUUGUGCCCAUUGGUGUCCCUGAAGGCGCCACUCUGUUGGGUCAGGGUAUCGUCGGCAGCUCGUCCGGACCUGGACAGGGACUCCUGGUCAACACGUGGUGGGGAGAUCUGCCAACUGGAGGAAACUACAUGAGCACAGUGACUGAAUUUGGAUGCAUUCCUGUCAGCGUUGCAUCCAAGACCCAGGAAUAUGGUUGGAUGGUGCUAAACUACUUCAACAACGUGAUCGGGAUCACCGACCCCAACCUGCUCAAUCCUCCAGAGUUCUGCCCGAGCGCAGACGCAGCAAUGAUCGGCAACGAGAAGCCGGUCGACUUCUUCAGCUUGUUCGCUGACAAGUUCUGACAGCCUCCUUUCACUAAAGUGUUCAACCAUCUUUAAGAUUCUUGACAAAUCAAACUGAGUCAGCAAAUUAUCAAGUCUCCAGAAUUUCUUCUAAAAACAUGCAUUUCUAAGCAAUCUUUAGCCUGGGAUGCCUGAAAGUGUGGGGAAUGUUGUCUUUCACUUUAACCUCUGUGAAAUCACUUCAGCUUAAUGCUGGAUGUAAAAUGUUCUCACAGUCAGACCAAAUCGAACUGCAGCUGGAAGUUUUUGGUGUAAAGGCCCUAUUCUUUUUUCUGACAUAAUGCUAAUGCUAACGCUACUUUGUCUACAAAUAGGAAGCAGUUUUCUUUUAGGAAUAAAUAGUUAAACUAAUGACAAUAUUUUCUUAUUGCUUAUGAAUGUACUGUUAAAGAUUGUCAUUUUUUAUAACGGGAAAUUAAAGAAAUACCAAACUAA